AUGACCAGGUCCAACGUCUUUCAGCUUCUUGGGAAUUUUAUUGAUGAAUUCACAAAAUUAAAAGCGUACGAAUUCCCGUUAUGGACAGCCGUAGCUAUUCCUUAUAUAGCUGAGCAUGCACUGACAACCUUCGUUGAAGGACAUUUUAAUAUUGUCAAACAUCAUGUCUUGAAAAAUCAUUUAUUGCCAUUAAGAUUAGAUAAGCUUCUCAAACUCAUUCUUAAUUAUUACCUGGGUAAUGCCGCUGUUCUAACGUCACAUUUGAAAGCUUUUAAUCAAAAUGAUGGUCCAUUUCCGAGUCCACCAUCUAAAGGAAAUAAAUUUACAAUCAAUCUAUCAUCUAAAGAUAUUAAUACAGGACAAUCAAUUAAAAAACAACAAUGCGAUUUUAUUCAAGCUGAGUCAAAAAAUACGGAUGACAAUGAGGAAAAUAUUAAUGUUAGGAAUGUGGAAGAAAAUAAUAAUAUUAACAAAAUUCCUACUAAAAAAGAUGAGCUAAAAUAUUGCGUAAUUAUAAAUGGCGAUUCACGAAAAAAAGCAAAUAAAGCAGAUGUUCGAGCCGAUGUUAAUUCAGUUAAUUCUAUUCCUGGAAAAUUAAGUGAUUUUCCAAUAGAUAUUAAUUUGGGUAGUCAUCAGUAUCGACUAUCAGGAGUUAUCGUUUUGGAGCCAGGUCAUUUUAUACCAUACUGUCGACGUAUCAAUAACCGCUGGGAUAAGUGUAAUGAUCUGAAUACCAAAGUGAUUUCUGUACGCUCUCAUACUCUGGUACUACCGCUAGUUUAUAUUGACGCUUCAUUUGACUUCAUUGAAGAUAGCUGCUUCACUGAAAAUGAAACUUCGGGUAACAUUGAAAGUGAUAUCUCUUUGAAUUGUCAGUUCAUUGAAUUACUUAAACCUGGCAAUGCUACUCCUGAAAUAACUGUAAAUAAAACUAUUAUUCAAUUGAAUGAUACGCAUAAUUUUGAUUGCAUCGUACAUAUUAUAGCUUGUGCUGCAUUAGACAAUUCUUCGUACUUGGAUUUUGUUCGUAACUCGAGCAACGAAACGUUGCAAUUUGUGAAUGAUUUUAUUAGUUUGAAAUUGUGUAACGAAAUUUACAUCAAAAGAGCUUUGUUAUUAAAAUCACUAUAUUCUUCAAAAAUUUGUACAAAAACAUGCGAUAAUGUUUCUACUUACGUAAUAGAUUUAUGCGAAAGUAUUUCAUGUACAUGGACAACAUGUUUAAAGAAUCAGGCUAGCAUUUUCAAUGCAUAUACAUGCGAUUUUUGUGGAUAUUCAUCUUAUUUCUCACUAUUAUUGAAAGUCGAUGCUAAAAUAAUUACUAAAAAUGUUAUUAAAGCACUUAGUGAGGCGAUCGCUUAUUAUAAAUAUCUGAAAAAAGUAAAAUGUCGUCAUGGAAAUUGCUCCAAAUUUUGUAAUAUAACUGCUUAUCCUAACAAUCAUUUAUUUAUCGAUUUAAAUAUUGAUGAAUGUGAUGAAAAUUUUAAAUGCAACCUUCAAGACUUUCCAAUAGUGCUGCAUUUAGAAAAAGAAGUUAACAAAUAUCAAACAACAGGAGUUAUAGCACGAGAUAUAGAUCAUGAGGUCGCAUAUUGUUUUCGAGCAGAUAAAACUUGGGAGUUGUAUGAUAACUACUCAAGUAGAAUGAAACUUUUUGAAAAAAUACACAAAAAAAAUUAA